AUGCCUAGCCUCGCCCUCACUCCACCGCCCUGUGCGUCCACUAUCAACUCCACCACACCCAGUGCAUCCUCCACACCUACCACGGUCAGCCCUACUUACACCGCCGCUGCCUCAACAUCCGCUACGGCGUCGCCUGUACCCACCACCGCUGCACACAAUCCUGGCAUACCAACAAACAUCAACCUCCCCCUUCCACCAUCAACGCUAGCGGUGUGGACUCGAUCCGCACCUGUCCUACUUACGAGCGCACCCUCACCUCACACAUCGGCCUGGUCGGUCACUUGCGAAUCCAUCGCACAGAGACUGGCGAACCAGUGCCUAGAACACCAACCUACACUCGCCGCAUCCGCCUCCACUGACCGCACUGCCUCCGCACAUUCAGCCACCACAUAA